UUUUAGUGGCCCGUAAUUUUUCCUCGAUGAUACGCUCGCCUUUUUUGUUAUGAAUAUGUAGAUACGUGUCUCUAACAUUUAUGUACUAAGCUUCUCGGAAUGGUCUACGGUGAUGAGUGAUAUCCAGAGAGACGUUUUUGGUUAUUUUGGUUGAAUUUUAUAUUCCUUUUGGUUGAUUCGACUGGCAUUCAAAAAGAGUUAAUGCAAAUCUUGUUCGUAUUCAUCCGGUAUGAACGCUGCAUGGAGCGAUUGGAAAUAGAAAAGAUCUCUCGUUACGUCAAUGAGAAUUUUUUCAGUAUAAAAUGACCCAAAGAUAAGAUAUGUCGAUGUCAGGGUUAUGUUUGUCUUGCUUCCCAUCUAAGGUUAGCGAUUGGAAUUGCAUUUUCUUUAGGAUUUUGCAAGUGGUGCUAUAAUGAAAGACAUGGAGAAGAAUCAAGGAAAUCCCAGUAGUAGUAACGAGCCGUCUGCUCCACCUUUAUUAGCUCCUCCGUCUUAUGAAGAAGCUAUCGCUCAAUUUUGUAGCUCGGGAACUCAAAAUGUGCCAACUCCAGCGCCUUAUCCAGUUCAGGCACCGAUAACGAGGCCACCGGAUGGAAGACAAAAAGAUACCAAUCGGUUCCCACAACCUCCGUACAAUCCCCCGCAAACAUUUACCGCUCCCUCCGAAGUACGAGUCGUUCACCAUCACGUGUCUUACAUUCUGGGAUCAAACCCUGUAAAAAUGACCUGUCCAACGUGUCACAUGGACAUAAAGACUACAACCGUUUCAGACCAUCAACCUAGUGCACACAUUUGCUGUAUCGUUCUCUGCUUACUUGGAUGUUGUCUUUGCUCAUGCCUGCCGUAUUGUAUGAGUGCCUUCUUGAGUGUUCAUCACUUCUGUCCGAAUUGCAAAACGUACAUCGGCACCUGGAAAGGUUGAACGUUUUAGUCCCCUUACGCUUCAGGCAUACGUAUUCGGACAUGCCGAGUUUGUUACUUAGCACGACGGAGUCCCGAACGUUUAACAAUAGCGACACUCGCUUUUUUUCAAUUUUUUUUUUUUUCCUUUCUUCCACGUACUUUUAGACAGUACGUGGAAUGAAAUAGCGUACGUCAAAGCGUUCACCGAUGCGCGGUUUGAAAUUCUAAAAUUAGGCGUCUCCGUUUCGACGAAUCUCUGAUUAGGCUAAGAAGUACAUCUUAGGCAGCUACGUAGUUAGUUAUAGAUAAGGCGAAGUGAUAUCAAAGAUAUGACGUUUAGUUUUGUGUUGUACACGAACUUAACAGUGUUUAUGAUGGAGGAGUGAGCGAAAUAGAAAGUAAACGUGGUGAAUGUUUCCUUUUUGGCCGAGCCUUCCUUCGGAGACGGGUGGAUUGUUCAUUUUGGAACCUAGGGAGUUUAUCUAGAAAGGACUGUGAUCACCCGAGAUACUAUUUUUCCCCAUUCUCGAAACUUUGACUGUCUCGGCCAUUUUUUUUCUUUUUUCUUUUCUUUUUUUUACUAACUACCGUUGUUAAGGUCUUUCCGCUCCUCGAGUUAUUACGAGCCCCCUGUUUAGUUUAUCGAGGUGGUAUGUAAAGUACUAUAGGGAAUUUUGUAUCGGUAUUUACAACCUUUUGUAACGACGUUUUACAACCUUUUGAUGGAUGAACAUUUUUCAUGGAUUAGAGUAAGUAGAUGUAUAUUGAGCUCUGUGGGAGAGGAACGUAUGUGCCGCGUUGACUGUUUUCUGUCCAAGUAAAUUUCCGUCGCGUUAAGAUCAUCUCUCAAACUGAGCUACUGUUAUUCCCAGAAUAUGAGAAAAAAAAAGUAAUUAUAUUCUUUCCUCGAUGUGCCAAGGGAGAUGAUCGCAAAUUAUUUAGCAGUAGUUAGUCCGACAGAAAGAGUUAGUGUAUGUACACCCUCGCGAAUUAUAUUAUUACCGAGGUUUUGUAAUUUUCGGAUUUUUUUAGUUUUUUUUUUUACCAUACGUACUUGGAUUAGCUAUUCGUACUUUAUCUGUGUAUACAGAUACUUGUAUAUGUACAGCUACAUGUGCACACGACGUAUUGUAUGAUUCAAGAAUUAUAGAAGUACAUUUUAACGUUUAUAUAAGGAUAUGGUCCUGAAAGUACACUCAAACGUUCGUGUCCUCAGCGCACCGAUGAAAAUAAAAUUGCAGAGCUGUUAAUAUUAAACUAAUAAUUAUUGACAUCAACUCUGCGUUCUUCCUAUCCGUGAAUUUAGUAAUACUCUGUAAAUUAAUCAUCCCAAGUCUAUAUAUGUAUAUAGGAAUUAAUCCUGUUUAAGGAAGAACGCAUAACGAUGCAGACCAAUAAAGCGAAGCUACCGUAUUAAUAUUAACGCGCAUUGCCGAUAUGCGAAAGGCGUUUUUUAGCGAACAACUAUUUUGGCAGAAUUUACACGAGGAAUUCGAGGAAGUUGCGAUUACUUCUUCUAACUGGAUUUUAUUUUCUGCGGUUGUGAUUGGUCGUUGAUUAUGCGGUUACUGCACAACCUUAAAUCUCUUUGGAACCGAAGUACGUUUUAACGAACAAUUAAGGUAUCGAUGUUGUACUAACUCGAAUGUUAUACGCAUGUAAUAUUAUUUUGGGGAUGCCUUUUGACGAUAGGGAAGGAAAUAGGGAAAAAAACACGAUGCGUGGUCGCGAAAGAUUUAAUCGUUGUUGAAUUAAGUCAGCGUGAGACUGUCCGACGCUUUAAUUACGUCGCGUUUUGAGCGGCUAAUUAAAAUGUACGCUGGAUAUUACGAGUACAAUAAAGUACGAUCUUAAUUAUA